UAUGGAUCAGUUGGAAGACAUAAUUAAAAAUACAAAAUUAGACGCGAGUAAUAUUACAGCCAUAAAUGAGCAGUUUCUACCAGGUAUUACGUUACGAAAUUAUCAAGUGAAUGGAAUAAACUGGAUAGGGAGAUGUUAUUCAAGAAAACAGGGUUGUAUCUUGGCAGAUGAGAUGGGUCUUGGUAAAACAUGUCAAACAAUUGGAUUUCUGAAACAAAUUGAAGGCAUACAUUUUAUCUUAAGUCCUCUAUCUGUUUUGGAUAAUUGGAAAAAAGAACUUCGCAAGUUUUGCCCAAGCAAUUUCCGCAUAUUCUAUUUCGUUGGAGACAAAGAGAAGAGAAAAGAACUAAAAUCCUCUUUUAAAUCCUCAAAUUAUCGUAUUGUACUUUCAACGUACGAAAUAUGUUUGAAAGAGGAAGAAUUUCUUCAAAGAAUUAACUUUCAAGCUAUGGUAAUUGAUGAAGCUCAUAGACUAAAGAACAAAGAAUCGCUUUUACAUAAGAUGCUUUUAAAUUUUUCUUGUUUCCGUCUAUUAUUGACUGGAACACCUAUUCAGAAUAAUCUCAACGAAUUGUACAACCUUUUAUCUUUUUGCAAUCCGAAGAUAUUUAGGCAGCACUUUGCUGAACAAUUUGUUGCUGAAGCCGUACACGAUAAAAGCAGACUCAAGAAUAUUAUGGAACCAUUUAUGUUAAGAAGAACUAAAGGGGAAGUUUCACUAGGAAUACCUCCAAAACUUGAAACUGUACUUUACCAUGGUUUAACUGGAACACAGAAGAAAUUAUAUAAAGGAAUAUUACGUAAAGAUCCAACAGCUUUUCAAUCAAACUCAAAAGUGAACUUAAUGAAUAUUCUCAUGCAACUCAGAAAAGUCGUUGCUCAUCCUUAUCUAUUCGACGGAGUUGAGCCGGAACCUUUCGAAAUAGGCGAACAUAUUGUGGAUGUAAGUGGAAAACUCUUUUUGCUUGACGCACUUUUGAAAAGAUUACACAAUGAGGGUCAUAAAGUACUCGUUUUCUCACAAAUGACUCGAGUUUUGGAUAUAUUGCAAGAUUAUCUUGGCUUUAGAGGUUAUUCGUACGAACGUCUAGAUGGAUCAAUCAGAGGAGAGGAACGAUAUUGCGCAAUCAAAAACUUUGAAGAAGAAGACGAUGUGUUUGUUUUUCUUUUAUCUACCAAAGCAGGAGGAGUGGGCUUGAAUCUCAUUUCGGCUGACACAGUUGUUUUAUUUGAUUCCGACUUUAACCCGCAAAAUGAUGCACAGGCUAUGGCGAGAGUACACAGAAUCGGUCAAGUUCGUCCGGUUCGAGUAUUUAGAUUAAUUGGAAAAAGUACGGUUGAAGAAUUGAUGCUUGCUAGAGCGGAACGUAAACUAAAACUCACUGAAGAAGUAAGCGGAAGUGAUGAGGACGUUGGGGAUGUUUUGAAAUUUGGAUUAAAUAAAUUGUUUUCGGAUGAUGAAUUGUAUAGAAUGACCGAUGAGGAACUUGAUGGAAUUUUAGGCGAAAGCAAGGAUGGAAGGUGGAUUUUGGAUGAAGAAUCAGGGAAACACAAUAGGAAAGAUGAAAAUUCUGAAGAAACAAAGGAAUCUAUCUACGUUUUCGAAGGAUACGAUUAUUCGAAAGAUGGAGCUAUUUUAGAUGAACUUCUUAAAGAUUCUAAUAAACAAAAUAAAGAAAAAGCAGAAUUAAGUAAGCGUAACUCUGUACGAGCUCUCAGAUAUGGAAUCGAUGAUUUAGAAAAAAUAAAACCAAUCAGGAAAAAGUUAACCAAAGAAGAAAGAAAAAUAAGACAACAACAAAGAUUAGAAGAACUUUGGAGGAAAAAUAAUUAUCAAUCUGUAUCUGAAACUUUGGAUGACUCUAGUAGUGAUGAAGAGUUCGAAGAAGACCUUAAUACAAUUAACUAUACGGUAGGAGAUGUUACAAAACCGGUAAUGGGCAAGUCUGACAGAGGAUCUAUAAUAGUACAAUGUGUUGAUAUUAAUGGGAAAUGGGGAAGUGGAGGUGUUUUCUCUGCACUUGAUACUUUAUCAAAAGGUAUAGGGGAACAAUACGAAUUCUCAGAGAGGAUGAAGGAUCUAUUCUUAGGCGAUACUCACAUCAUAAAACUAAAUAACAAAUUAUACGUUGGCCUUGUAGCUUGUCAAGAUAAAAAGCGUCAGGUAAAGAUGGACUCGUUGGAACUUUGUCUAAAGAAGAUCAAACAGGGAUCCCAGCGUCUAAACUGUAGCGUCCACUUACCUCGUAUUGGUUUUGGAACCCCAUCCUUCAACUGGUAUGGAGCUGAACGUAUCAUUCGGAAAAUUCUCACGAAUAAAGGAGUCGAAACUUGGAUUUAUUAUUUCAAGAGAAGAAAGAGAUAUAUUCGACAAUCCAGCUCUGAUGGCGAUGGAGCCACCGCAGAUAAAAAGAGAAAACCAAAUCUUGACCUGAGUAAAUUUUGCAUAUAUUUUUACAAUAUAGACGAAAAACGACGAUCCGAAUUGACGAAACGCUUAAUUCGUUUAAACGCCGACAUUCAUUCAAGUUUAGAGGAUUCAACAAGUCAUGUGAUUGUUGAUAAGUAUGAUGAAGACAACUUAAACGAACUACUGGAUGGAUUUGAUGAGUGUGUUGUUGUUAAGAUAAAUUGGUUGCAGCAAUGUCUGGAAAAGAACGAAAUUGUUAAAUUAUCUGACGAUUACAAAGUUAGAUAA